ACAUGUCCUUUAGAUCUUUAAAUUGAAAUCUUCAUUGUUCUUUUAAGUCAGCUGUUCUAGGAAUGUGUCAUCUUUUGAGAAGAUAAAUUAAUCAUCUACCUCACUUAUAUACAUCAAUAAAAGAGACUCACCCUCUCAUUUACUUUAUCAAAAGUAAUUAGAACAUCUCUUUUUAUGCAUAUAUAGUAUCUAUUAGUGACUGAGAUUUUCAUUGAGGAGAUUUUGAGGAAAACAGCCACUUAUCCUUUUAGAAUACAACCUCCUCCAAGAAAAAGAAACACCAGCAAUCUAAAGGUUAAAACCUACUGUCAAAUCAUUCAGUUGAGCAAGGCUCUUUAAUAACAUUUGUGCAAAAGUACUUUCAGAAAGCAGAAGGUAGGAAACAGCUCUUUGCUAGUUCCCCUUCUUUAAAUUAUUAUUCAGCCUCUUAUUAAAAUAAAACCUAGUGAACUUCUUUUGAAUGCCUGCUCGAAGCUUUUUAUAAUAAUAAAAAAAAAUCUUGUGAAGGGAUUUCCAUAAGUUGUUCUGCAUUAAUGACUUGGAGCAGCUUCCUAAUCUGUUAUUCCUUCCUCCUAGCAGACCUCAGCUGAUAAAAAUAUCCAUAGACACAGUGAAGUCAGUGGCAUGCCUGGCUUUCUCAGACAAAACUCCCAUGUGAUCACAUAUAGGCAGCCUCAGUGAGGCUGAUGCCGUGCAGCAAGCAGUAGGUAAUGAGUCUUUGUGCAGAGUGAAGCUCUUGUCGCUGAACAAUAAAGCAUACGGUACCAGCAAUAAAACACAGGGCUGGCAAAUUUCAGAAGAUUCCGCUGAACCAGGAAGAACCGUGCCUUCGGUAAUGCUGACACACAUUAUAAAAUGAUAAUCAAUUUCUUUUGGAUUCUAAUGAAUAAAGAGUGCAAGGACUAAGACUCCAGCUAUUUGAACAGGUACAUGUGACAGUGCUGCAGCAAUGAGUGGAAUUUUAAAGAGGAAGUUUGAAGAAGUUGACGGCUCCUCACCCUGCUCCUCUGUGCGGGAAUCUGAUGAUGAAGUUUCCAGCAGUGAAAGUGCUGACAGCGGGGACAGUGUCAAUCCGUCCACUUCUAAUCAUUUUCCCCCUUCCUCCAUCCUCAAAAGGGAGAAGCGGCUGAGGACAAAGAAUGUGCACUUCAGCUGUGUCACCGUGUACUACUUCACCAGGAGGCAGGGCUUCACAAGCGUGCCCAGUCAGGGCGGCAGCACCCUGGGCAUGUCCAGCCGCCACAACAGCGUGCGCCAGUACACCCUGGGCGAGUUUGCCAGAGAGCAGGAGAGGCUCCACCGGGAGAUGUUGAGAGAACACCUCAGGGAGGAAAAACUGAAUUCUUUAAAACUAAAGAUGACAAAGAACGGCACCGUGGAAUCGGAAGAAGCUAGCACUCUUACAGUGGACGACAUUUCUGAUGAUGAUAUUGAUUUAGACAACACAGAAGUAGAUGAGUACUUCUUUUUACAACCCCUGCCAACAAAAAAACGGAGAGCCCUGCUGCGGGCCUCUGGAGUGAAAAAGAUUGAUGUGGAGGAAAAGCACGAGCUGCGAGCCAUCCGCCUGUCUCGAGAGGACUGUGGCUGUGACUGCCGGGUGUUCUGUGAUCCAGAAACGUGUACCUGCAGCCUGGCAGGCAUUAAGUGUCAGGUGGAUCGAAUGUCUUUCCCGUGUGGGUGCACGAAAGAAGGAUGUAGUAACACAGCAGGUAGAAUUGAAUUUAAUCCUAUCCGUGUCCGGACUCACUUUUUGCACACAAUCAUGAAGCUUGAACUGGAGAAAAACCGAGAGCAGCAGAUCCCCACGCUGAACGGCUGUCACGGUGAGAUAAGGGCCCACAGCAGCUCCAUGGGCCCAGUCGCUCACUCCGUGGAAUAUUCUAUCGCUGACAAUUUUGAGAUUGAAACUGAGCCCCAGGCUGCCGUGCUGCACCUGCAGUCGGCUGAGGAGCUAGACUGCCAAGGGGAGGAGGAGGAGGAAGAGGAGGAGGAGGAGGACGGCAGCAGCUUCUGCAGCGGGGUCACCGAUUCCAGCACGCAGAGCUUGGCCCCGAGCGAGUCAGAUGAGGAAGAGGAAGAGGAGGAGGAGGAGGACGAUGAGAAAGGGGACAGCUUCGUGGAAGGUUUGGGGCCCCACGCUGAAGUUGUCCCUCUUCCUUCCGUCCUUUGUUACUCAGAUGGCACUGCCGUCCACGAAAGCCACGCGAAAAAUGCGUCCUUUUAUGCCAACUCUUCCACCCUGUAUUACCAAAUAGAUAGCCACAUUCCUGGAGCACCUAGCCCAAUCUCCGAGAACUACUCGGAACGAGACACUGUCAAGAAUGGUACCCUCUCGCUGGUGCCUUACACCAUGACCCCGGAGCAAUUCGCCGACUAUGCCCGCCAAGCCGAAGAAGCCUACAGCACCGCCCACUACCCAGCCACCAACCCCUCGGUCAUCGUCUGCUGCUCCUCGGCGGAGAAUGACAGCGGUGUGCCCUGCAAUAGCUUAUAUCCCGAACACAGGUCCAGUCACCCCCAAGUGGAAUUUCACUCCUACUUGAAAGGCCCCUCCCCGGAAGGGUUUGUCUCGACGUUAAACGGUGACAGUCACAUUUCAGAGCAUCCUGCUGAAAAUUCUUUGAGCCUUGCAGAAAAGAGCAGAUUGCACGAAGAGUGCAUCAAAUCACCCGUGGUGGAGACUGUCCCUGUUUAGUAGCUCAACUUACUCCAGUACCGACUGGUCUCCUAUUUAAAGCACUGUAUUUAAUUGGAUUUCCUGGGCUCAUCAUUGUGUAAACUGAGGACCAAGAGAACUUGGACUGUGGUGAAUCUUCCAGACUGUAUUUUGUUUCCUCCUUUCUAGCUGUGUGACUGUGCCAUUGCACAAAUCAGUCUCUAUGAGGAUUUUAAACGAUUUCAGACUGUUUUGAUAGAAAAAUGCUAAUUUUAAAAAAGCAUAUCUCACAGUUGCCUACCUGUCAAACUGUGUGAAACCUGCCAAGCUGUGUCGAUCAGAGCUCCAAGUUUUGGAUUAUCGGGCCUGUGCAAGAUUGUUAACUAAGACUGGGAAAUGAUAAGAUUUAGAGUCCUAAUUUUCAAUAUAUCUGAAGAUGAUGGUGACUUUUUAAUGUAAAAGUAACUAUUGUAAGAAAAAGAUUUAAUCGUUCCAUGUGUAUUUUAUUUAUGGUAGUUAGAAGUCAUGUUUUGAUGAAAAUGAACAGCAGCAUGUUCUUUUAAGCUGAAGAUGCCUAGUUAGCACCACCGAGCAUGCCCACAUGGACUGCCUCUGGAAUCCAUUCACGUUUUUAUGAUCAUGACUGAUCAGAUUUGCAAAUAGUUUCUUAAGGGUGAAAUAGGCCUAUUUUUGCUAUUUUGGACAAAUAAAUGAGUCUAUAUGAGCAGGUCCUUACACAGUUUUCUCUAAAGUUAAGAGUUAGGACAAUCCUCUGGUGAGGGUCGAGUUCACUGCCCUCCCUCAGCUGACUGCAGAGAUGGAGGUAAAAGGAAUUGCCUUUCUUUUGUAAACAGCAUCCUCUUGGUUCUUAGCUGGGACAGCACCUUCAAACUCUACUCCCCUACGUCAAAAUGCACUUUAGUGCCCCUUCAUGGUACCUUUUGAGGGGUGGGGACUGAGAACUCUUUGAAAUGAAAAAUUAAAAAAAGUUUUUUUUAAAUCUGUAACUAUUAUAAGAUUUAUAGAAUUAAAUAGAGGAAUCAUCCAAUGAUACUUUAUGAAGGAAAAAUGACCUGUUUUCCUUCGCCACUCUGAAGACCUAACUUGGUAACAGCAGAGGAGGCUGAGGAAACGUGGAAGAGACACAGCCUCAGCAACCAGCCUUUUCUACAGCUUGAUCAAUCCAUCUCUACAAAGUGAGUGUGUAACGAAAUUUCCCCUUAGGCACUAGCUGAUUGAAAGGGGGCCUCUACCCAGAUACUCAACUAGGCCUUACUUUUCUGAAGCAUUUCGAUUUCCCUUGCCUGGGACAAUUAGCAGAACAGUCCAGAAUGCAUUGAAUACUUCCUAAUUACCUCACGUUCUCUUAUUAAAGGGGACAGACAGAAAUAAAACAUGCACUCCCCACCCUUAGAUUAUCUGCACUUGGUUUGUCAGAGGACUUCUAAGAUCCCGUUUCCCUGUAAAUCAAUUUAGGUAACUAAAUAGUGUGUUCUACCUUUUUUUUUCCCCCAAUGCAAUAUGACCAUGCUAAAUCUGUUUCAUUAUUUUUGACCUUCUAUUGUUAUAUCAUUUCACAUUUUAUGCCUCUUUGAAAUGUGGACAUGCCUUGCUAUUUGGUGACUGCAUCACUACGUAUUUUUAUGUCUUUUAGACUUGGAUGUUUAGAAAUGUGGAUACAAAUAUAUUGUAGAUCUCAAGUUCUUAAAAAAAACACUAUUUUAUUUAAUUGAACUUAAAGAUGUUUGAUCUAGAGAAUGUCCUCCAAUGGAAAAGUUUCUACUAAAACUUGAUUUGGGGAAAACAUGUUUACUUGGCAGCUCUUCCACUGUGCAGUCGGUUCCUGCCCCUGCCCGACCCCACACUUGGGCCAAAUUUAUAACCGUUUAGUAUUAAGGUUAAAGCAGCUUUGGGUUUGUCCUUCUAGAGGGAGCAGUAAUGAGGGCAGGGAUGUUCCUUUUGAAUGACAAGUCCUUUGGGCUAAUCAGAUUGAGGUUUUGCUCCAAUCUCAGUAGUAUAUCGCUUGUUGUCUACAAAGUUACAGUUUUUAGUGUUUGAUCUCCAAAUUUUCUUCCCCUGGCAUUACAACCUAAAUAGCACAGGCCCAAAGAGAAAACGACAAGAGGCCAUUGUUACUUCAUUCAAGCACGUGAGAGAGCAGUGCAUGCCGUACUGGCUGGGCUGUUACAAGUCCUUGGGGCAGUUCCUGUGGAGCACUCAGCUUGCUCCUGGAGCGCAGUGUGGCAGAGUAGGGCAGAGGUGGCUCUGGCUGGGCAGAGUUGAAGGGUAGAAUGCCAGUCUGGAUUCUGAAAGGAUAGAUACUUAAUUUAGUUCAGAUUUGUUUUCACAAGAAAGUUGAUGCCUACUUGUUUAUGUUUGGCUGGUGGGGUCUCUGUUUUGAGGCUUUAUUUCCUAAAGGAUGCUUAACCUAGAAACAGGCAAACAAACAAAAACAGAACUUUUUUCCCCUAACUGUUCAACUGGGGUUGAAAGGCACUGCUAUACAGUUGAUUAACCUUGCAGCCACGACAGCUUCCAUUCCAAUGUUCUUAUACAUAACUUAGCCCCUAAAUAUCUCUCACAAACUACAUAUACAGAUUACCUAUUAAAACACCCCCACCAAUCACACAUGCGCACACAACAGAUGUAUAACACACACCGAAGAAUGAGAGAUUUGAGGCAAUGGCCAAUAACGGGUACUGAAUUUUUCCCAGCCUAGAAUCUGGUUGUGUUUUAUGAUCUAAAAAUGUGGUCUAGAAAUGAAGAUCAUUUUUAAAGACGUAGUUUUAAAAUAUUAGGUCAAAGUUGCAAAUAAUACUACUGGUAGAAUCACUUCAUUGUUACUUCCUUUCCCAGAAAAGCUGAGACAGCACAGUGUGCCAUUUGACUUUUUUUUUCCAUUAAUAGGCCUUCUAUUCAACAAAAAAAUGCCCACAUGCCAGGAAAGCAUUACAGUUUUUCUAAGCUUUUUAAAAUGGGGAUCAAGCUAGAUGCAGCCUAUGGACACUUAGGAUCUUUAUACCAACACACAAUAGCCUGACCUGCAGCUGUUAUAUUGCCCCAUAGUAUAGCUAGCCAAAUUAUAGUCUUUUUGGCACACAGCUUUUUAGUCAUUCACCGUCAGUGGCAAAGCUUCCUGCUUUGGUCCCUGUUGUUUUAGCACCAGCCCCUCUACCUUUUAUUAGGGCUUAAUUCCCAGUUAUAAUCCAGGCCAAAUUGAUUUGCAAGUCAAGUGGCUGGAGCAGCUUGCAUAUCCUUUGUCAUUCUAGGUUUCUUUUGGGAGAAAGAAGUCAAUGAAAGAGAUUUACUUAAAGUUUUUUUCCCCCCAUCUCUUGAUCAUUAAGACAUUAGUAAAAAUCCCUUUGUCUCCUGUCUUUUGGUUAAUUGAAUAAUAUGCUUACUUCUCAAAAGCCAGUCUAUUCUGUGUGAUGAAAAUAUAUUUUUCCCAGAGUGCCAAUCACAUAUAAAUGUGAAAUGAACACUUAUCAAUUAAUUUUAUUAUUAAAAAUCUUCACAAUCAUAUAUGGCCUAGUAAUACCUCCCCCAAUAAAAAACUAUGAAUUACAGAAAACUGGCCACAAAUUAAUCAAGAAACAAGGAGAUUACAAGUGAUUAUGUUCUUGAAAAUUUUAUACCCUAAAAGAUUACUUCUAGGAAAAAUUCUGGUUUGGUUAUUAAACAGGAAAAUGUAUCGUGAUUAAUUUCAAAUAAAUUGCUGUAUCACUGAUUUUUUGGUUAAACUUAGGAGAUUGUUGUACAAGUUAAAGUCCUUUGGUCUUGAUAGUUAGGAUUUAUUAAAUAUCACUUCUUUCUUCUAGCAAAUAUUUAUUAAAUACUUACAAUGAUAGGGGAACUGUCCUAGGUGGUUAAAAAGAGGAGGAAAACACUACUUAUUCUAAGGGAUUAUGAUGACGAUGAAGAGUAACAUGAAAUAAUCAAGCCUCAUUAUAAUCCAUUUAAUUUGUGAUGUUAUAACAUGAUAUUAGAAAAAGUGACGUCAAUUCUUGUCUAAUUAUAUGUAAACUACAACUAAAAAGACACUUCCUUUGCCUAAAGUAAUGGAACUCACUGGAUCCUCCUUCUGGCCUCUCUCUCUGUAUCUGAAAUUUAUGAAUUAAAUCUGGACUCAGCUAGAAGAACUGAAUCCAAUGAAAAAGAGAUUGUCCAGAUAAUUGCUUCUUCAGUGUUAGGCCUAUGUAAGUGAUGCUAAAUUUAUACCAGCAAACUCCUACCAGACAGUUUCAGAGACAGGUUGACUCACAUAUAACCCAGGAAACAUUCCAGGAAACCUUUGAAGCUAUAAUGUGGAACACCAUCACUCUUGCUUCUGUUUAUAAACAGCCUAUCAAAAUAGCAAAGCCUGAGUUCCAGGUUCCAAAGACAUUGCCUUGCAGCUUGUAGCAAACAGAGAGGUCAUUCGGCACCCUCACUUUUACCUGGCAUGACAAACCAUUGAUUAGCAGGUGGAAAAUUGACAUCCUCAAACGUCGAAAGACUGCCUUUUUCAGAGGUGCCAUGAGCCUUCGUUUCUCCAAAUCUGACUUGCUCUUUCUCUUUAAAAUGGCACCUGCUCCUGAUCUGGAAGAGAGUAUAGAGUAUCACUAUUGUAGUCAGUGGAUAAAAUACCAACCUGAAAUGGGAAGUACCUUUGUGCUUUCAAAGGCAAGACUUAAGUAUAAUUUGAAGCUGAAACUAUCUGUGUAUCCUUACCACAACCACCACCAAAAGCUUAAAGCCUUAACUCUUAAUUUUAACACAGAUUUGCAACUACUGAUGACAUUAUUCUUCCUGAGAUCUGCUAACUUGUGCUGGGGUAACUUAAAUGCCUAAGCCAAAUGCCACAGCUUUGCACCAAUAGCGCAGCUUAUCAGAUGUUUUCUGUAGUAUUAAAGAAUUUAAUUGACUUAAUUUAACUGAAUAUCAGCGAUUUGAAAAAUUCACUAGAAUUUUAGAAGUGUCAGGGUUGGGCAAGGAUGUAAUAUAAGCUUAAUAAGUUGUGGUGUCUCCUGGGACCCAUAAAGUUUCACGAAAGCUGAAAAACUAGAAUUUUAUAAUGCUGGAAGAACUAAAUUCACAAAUGGCAGCCCAAAACCCGCAAGGGUCAGUUACAGUGUGCAUACCUUCACAGCCCUGUUGUUCACAUCUGCAGUGCACCAUCCCCAUCAGUUAUCCCUUACCAUCUAAAAAUCAUUUGAUGCUUUUAAAAACACAGGGCUACAGCAUGCUAAAGAAACUAUUUUAAAGAUUUAAACACAUUUUGUAUUAAAAAGACAGAUAGACUUGUCAAAAGUAAUGAAUAUGGAAAUGAAAGACUAUUUUGCCUGCCAAAUCUGAACAUUCAAUGUGACUGUUUAAAAAAUCACUUCUAAGUUUUAUUUCAACUCCUCUCAUAGAAAGGGGAACAUGAGACUCCCCCUUUCUAACCAAUGCAGGUGUUUUUUUUUUCUCCUUUCUUAUCAGAAGUCCAAACUCAAAAGCUUGAUAUGACUUGGGUUGUACUUGGUGAGUAGCCCUGGCGUUAGUUUAAUUUGUGCUGUCUGGAUAGUAAGUGUAAUAAUGCCUUGAGUUAUGUGUCUUGACAGUGGGGAUUCAGACAGAAUGAUGGGAAGCAGGAAGAUACAACCAGAUUCAAAGCCUAAACCAGUGUGGUUUUUUUAUAUGCAAUUUUUGUAAUCUAAUUAACGUAUAUCCCAGGAUUUUAGUACAAUACAGGUAUUUGUUACAUUCAUGGAAAAUGCAUUUCAAAGAAUUUAAGUCAGAUUGUUGACUACUUUCUUUCACUUAUGAUAAAUAUACCACUAGACAGGGUAAUUGUUUGUACUUGGUACUUUACACUUGGUUAUAAUUCAAGAAAAGCUAACUCUAGUGUGUCAUUUGAUUUCAUCUCAUAAAAGUUCCUGGCAGAACUAAAGUUUCAAAAGAAUAUGAUAGAAUUUAUUUGGGACACUAUUUGUAUUCAACAUGCUAGUGGUGCCAAGCAUUACUCAUAACCAUGGUGAUGGUCAAGUCAGCUCAGUGACUCUUAUUUUUAGUGACAUGUGUGAGACCAUUUAAGUAUUUUUAAGAUAAUGUAUAUUGAUUAGGAGGGUUUAGGAGAAAACAAAUUUAUGGUAGAAAUUAGCUUUGCCUUUGUCUACCUUAAUUUAUGUGACCUGUUUGAAUGGUUUUAGUUGUAACUAUGGAAUUCUUUGUGAGGUAUUCCUCUACUUUCUCUUGUGGCUUUCUCACAGUUCCUUUUAUCUGGCCUAGCAGUAUCCUGCAAGUUAUUUAUUAAUGAGUAUUUGGAAGGAAACUGAUUUGGAAAAUAUCUCUUUAUAAAUUACCUAAUAGCUUCAUUCACCAGAGAUCUUCGUCAAGUCCUAACACCACUCUUAGGUAAGACCUGAACCCCCUUGUCAGGGGUGUGGACUCCUCACAUGCUUUUACUGUUGUCUCUAAGUAGGGAACCUAUAAAAAAUGAGAUCGAAAUUUCUAAAUCUGUAGCAUAUUUAUACUAUUUUGUUUUGCUCCUCCUUUUUAUAUUAGCCACCAAGCUUUCCUCCUUAGCUAUAAGUAAAGCCCCGUCCUUAAAGAAAAUCCAAAGAUCUAUAUACCAUUUUGAAAUGACACUUAAAUAUGAAAGAGAAUGAAGAAAUGAAAUAAAAUCCAAAUCUGAAUCCUCCUAAAGAGGAAAAACCUAAAUACCUAAACCUAGAAAAUAAAUUGCUUGCAGUUAGUAUUGUUUUUUUUUUUUUUAAUUUAGUGUUGAUCCUUGGAUGGCUUAAUAAUACCUAAGUGAUAUCUAAACUUGAUGGAUUUUACAUUUUAGUAGUUGGCAAAGUCAUUUCCUUUGUACCAUAAUCAAAUAGGGUCCACUGUCAAAGGUUACUGUCUGAAUCUUGAUUCAUUAGGCACUAGUCAUGCCAAACAGGUAUCUCAGAAUUGCUUAAUCUUUUCAAAGAUACUCAUAAUGGCCAACUGUGUGUGAAUAAUGGAAAGUUUGAGAUUCUUCUGUAUUCUUCAAAUUUUAUAGCCCUGAGACUAGAAAAGAUCUCCAGAGGUCAUCUGGUUCAUCCAUCUACCUCCAGGGAGGACUGUCACUCAGGCAUGCUCUACAGAAUAGAUACUCAUCUGUUCUUAACAUCUCUAGGGAAGGCGGUUUCCUUGGCAACACAGUCCAGUUCUCUUAGUUUUUUUCUCACAAUAAGAAAAUAUCUUGGCUAGUCUUUGUGAGCUAGGCACCUGGCAACAGUUGUGGUGAUUUGGGUCAUUGUAUUGGGGGGCUCAAAGAAAGUUGGGUUUCCCCUGUCUUUGAUGUUUGUUACAUUUGAUAAUUCCUUAAGUCUCCUAAGAUAUGAGAGUUUAAAAAAUAAAGAUAUGGGUAUUGAGACAAUACUCAGUAACUUGACCUCCUCUCAACAAAUAUGACUGUAGUUUUUUGUUUGGUUGGUGUUGGUUUGGUUUUUUUUUUUUGUUUUGUUUUGUUUUUGCUUUUUUUACCAUUGCUAUGAUGUCAGGAAAAGUGACUGUUUCAGAUUCCCAGGGACAAACAUCAGCAUGAGGAUCAAGUGAAUCAACUUUCAAACUGUCCAAUUUUCUGAGAAGUUACAGUUAUAAGAAGUGAGCAUCUUCUAACUUCUUGCUUCUAAAUAAGUACCUUCUCAUUAAUCUUACUCUACCCUUAAAUGACAAAUGAGAAUCUCAAGUUUUUCCACUUUUUCUGGGGAAGACGUGAACUGUUGUGGAGAGUCUGGUGUGGAAUAGAAAGACUCCAGAGAAUUACUCAGCCACCAUGUGACCCCAGCCUUUGCUCCAUGUUAUCCAAACAGUGGCUGCUUGUCUUCUCAGGGAUCAGCAAAAUGAUUUAAGACUUUGUCACCUUGAAAACGGAAGGAGGAGUUCGGGAGGGUGGUGAUUUUUCUCUGAUGACAUCACUUGGCCCCAACACCCUCUGCAGAGAGCCUUUUCUGUUCGCUCAGAGUUGCCUCCAACUCAGAGUCAGAACUCACCGAAGAUGAGGAGCACCCCUCAAAACCAGUGUUUCCUUUAUCCAUGGGAUUUUUUUCAAUCUAGGUACAACUGCUUAUCUCCCCCAACUUCACAUGCGCUUGUGAAUUGACGGCCACAUCAGUGUGGUUGCUCCCUACAAACAACCAUUAGGGGAAAUAACCCUUUUUGCUUUAAAAAAAAAAAAAAAAAAAGGCUAUAGAAUGCUUGUGUAAAGAAUGUUGAAUCAUUUGGCCCAUGUUUUAAUUGACUCUAGACACUUCUAUGGAAAUAAGUCUGAGGCGUAGUUUGUGAAACAUGUUUCCAAAGUGUGUGAUGUAAAAUAAACGCUAGACCUUUACAGUACAGAAAUAGAUUAAAAAAAACCUGUAGAUUACAACUCUGUUCCUAAGAACCUCAGCCUUUAUUGUGUCUUAGUAAAGUUGAUCUGCUUUUGUUUUAGUUAAUUGCAUUUCUGGUGUAAUAGCCUCUUAAGCUAGAACUAUUAAUACAUAUGUGCUGGUUAAUGCCUGUUAAUGCAGAAAAUGGCACUUUGUUAUUUCAAUGUGUUUCCCUUAAUGUCACAGGGUAUAAAAAUUAGAUAGGAAAAGGUCAUUUGACAUUGGUCAAAACUGCAUUUUCCCCAUUUAAAAUAUACAUGUAUAAUUGGUUACAUAGACACAUAUCACCUUUUGCAGUAUCUUUAUCUUGGUCAUAGUCCUAGACAUCAACUGUGUCUCCACUUUCCUGCUGCCAUAGAAAUUUGGCAUAUUUGCAAAUUCUGGUGAAAUGUAGUGAGCUGAAUUUAAUGGCUGAUCAAAUGAUCCAAAGCACUUGGGUGUUAUUCUUCAGUCUCAGUUGAACCAUUCAGACAUUGAGAAUGGUCUUUACACAAGGGAAGUCUUUUGCGGGUUUUUUGUUUUGUUGUUUUGUCUUUUGGAUUUCGCUGGCAAGACAAAAAAAGUAAUUUAAAAACAGUGAGAUCAAUUCACUGUAAUGUUUUUGUAACAUUGUGAUUGGUUUUAUCUUUUAGUUGAUUUCUGUUAUUACUUUGACUCAAUUUCAACAGUAUUUCCAUAUUUUAUUACUGAUAUGUUCAAUCUUACUACUUAGAGAGGUUGAAAGGGAAGAAAAUCAAACUGCAAUUCAUACAUAAGUUCACUUUACACUAAGAUGUCAUGUUGUUUGUCACAUAGUUUCCAGAUUGAUUUCUCUUGUGUAUAAGUUAUAACAUCAAAGAUGCCAAAGGGUAUAUAAAAUAAGCUACAAUAAUAUUCAACAGAACUUAACCUGGACCUUAUGUUGUAAUAAUUUAUUCAUAUUAGCUGUAGUCUUCUGUAUUUAUAUUUUCAGUAUUUAUUAUAAUUGACAUGGAAAUUUGUGUAUUUAUUGUGGCUUUUUAUUGCAGUCUGUAUAUAUAUAUAUAUAUAAAACAAAUAAGCAUUUUUAAGUCUUAUCCUUAAGUUUCUUUUAUUAGUGGCACUUGUAUUAUGCUGUACUUUUUAUUAUAUAUUGUACAAUACCUUGUCCAUUUGUUUGCA